AUGGAAGACCAAAUGAUCGUUUCUGACCUUACCUUCAAAGGAUGGAUGGCGUUUGACAAAAACGCCAUAGUCGAUGGGUUGAAACUAACACCUUUCCAACCGAAGAAAUGGGAAGAGACCGACAUAGAUGUCAAAGUUACUCACUGUGGUCUCUGCGCAAGUGACAUGCAUACUUUGCGAAGUGGAUGGGGACCUACUAAUUAUCCAUGCUGCACCGGGCAUGAGACUGUGGGGGAGGUAGUCCGAGUAGGGAAAGCAGUCGAGCGAAACAUUGCUAUUGGUGACCGGGUAGGAAUUGGCCCUAUAAUUCACGUCUGUGCCCAGGAAGAUUGCCCGGAAUGUAGCCAAGGGAUGCCAAACUACUGUCCACGGAAAGUUGCUGCGUAUGAUGGAUAUCUCCCAGAUGGCAGCAAGACCUUCGGCGGCUUUGCAAAUUACUGUCGAGUUCCGGGUGCCGCUGCCAUUCGUAUUCCCAAAGCACUAAGCAGCGCAGCAGCGGCACCAUUGCUAUGUGCUGGCAUUACCACCUUCGUUCCAUUAGCAGAAUACAAAGGAGAAGGAAAGCGAGUCGGAAUAGUUGGUAUUGGAGGUUUGGGGCACUUUGCAAUCAUGUUCGCAAAAGCCUUGAAGUUUCAGCAUGUCGUUGCAAUUUCACGAAGCGAGAGCAAGCGCGAUGACGCCAUCAAGUUGGGUGCAAAAAGCUACAUAGCCACUGAAAAAGAGACAGAUUGGGCAGAGAAGCAUGCAAAGUCGCUCGACGUGAUUAUUUGUACUGUGUCAUCCGCUGACAUGCCACUAAACAAAUAUCUGAGUCUGCUCAGGACAGGAGGUCAUUUCUGCCAAGUUGGAUUGCCAGACGAUCCUAUGCCGCCGCUUGAAAUCUUUGGGCUGGUUGAGCGGAAGAUCUCAAUCCAUUUCAACGACAUAGGCUCAGUCAAGGAGACAGAAAAACUGUUGAAAUUUGUGGUGAGGGAACAGAUUUGGCCAUGGGUUGAGACGCGAAAGAUGAGUGAUGUGAACAAUGUUCUGAAGGAGAUGGAAGCUGGAGACGCAAGAUACCGAUAUGUUUUGGUAAAUGAUGCUUAA